AAAAAUUAACAGUGGACAGGAAGGUCACAGAGGAGCGCAUAAACAAACUAAAGAGAGAAAUCUUUGAUUUAAGGGGAGAGCUGGAAGAAAUGUAUACUGUACUAGCUGUAAAAGACAAGGACCUUACGAAGAAAAACAUCCUGCUGGAAAAGCUGAAGGACACUCACUUUGAAAGCCUACAACUUAUUGAGGGGCUCCAGUCAGAACUGAUGAGAUUACAAGAGCACUCACAGCAAGUACUCUUCAGGUUAAACAAAUACAAUAGCAUCUCUACUAGCCCACAGAGGACAAGUGUGACAAACCAUCAUUCUCUGCAUCAUGAGAUUCAAGAAGCCCAACCGAAUGUGGCUGUGGGGUUGAAUGCCUCCCUCAGUCAGAUUUCACCCGUCAUCCCUCAGAGAAGAGAUACUGAAAAUUUCAAACCUGUUGAAUCGUCUCAUAUACUUCACAUGCAACUCUCAGAGAAUGAUGCGACUGAAAAGCGACUCUAUAUGCGGGAGCAAGUGCAUCAUGAAGAUUCGUGGAAUCAGCUGGCGACUUUACUGAAAGAGCUGGACCUCCUUAAAGCUUCACUGGCAGAGGGGGAGAUGCUGGCCAGGAAUCAGACACAGGAAGCUCACAUAGCUGCGGCCAUCACCUGGUGGAGGGGUCAGAUCAAAGAGGUUAAGACAAGCCAGACUGGCAGAGAACCACAUGAGACUGUGAGAGAAGUUGAGCGGAUGACAGCUCAUGUGGAAGAGACUACAUGUGGGGUGAGGGCGGUUCUCAAAGACCAGGGAAAUAGCACCUUCAGCGACUCAAUAGUAGAUGCUGGAGAGGCUGAGCGUUUGGCCUCAGAAGGUCUUCUGGAGGCCCUAAGAAGAGUGGAGAACAUGGUAACAAAGGCCGUAAAGGCAGCCCAUCUGCUUAAAGACGAUGCGAAGAUGAUAAAAGAGAGGAUGGAGGCUAUCAGCCAGAGGGUGGAGAAGGCUUUGAGCAGAUCUGCAGUCACUGAGAACCAGCUCAAUGCCCUGAAGGCAUCACUCCCUGCCGACACACAGUUGUCGUCUGCAUCUCAAAUCUGUGAUGGGAGAUCAGUGCCUAUUGACCUCUUGUUGGACCACACCUCAGCAGAUGUCACUUCCCUUUUUUCACCCGAACCUAUCACUCAAGAAAACCUCGCUCCUCUUUCAUCUGUAAACGGUGGCUCACUUCUGUACACAAGACCAGAAGCCCACAUCGACAAGGUGAGUGAAAGCCCAGAUGUGUCCUCCUCGGGUCAGGAUCCUGGUUCACCGUCUGAUCUUCGGCUCAGUAGCUCUGUGACUGCAGGUUUUUUAUCUUCAGGGGGUCAGCAGGCCCCUGCUUUGCCCUGUGUUGAGACCCCUCACAGUUCUUUUUACCCUACUGUCCGCGAGGAACACACGCCACAUCACGCAAAGGAGAAUGUAGCUGGGUCAGAUCCAUCAGCAAGCAAUGAGCGCUUCCUAUCAACGUCGGCGUGCACCUUAGCUGCACACAAGGAAACGAGUAGGAAUCAAGAGGACAACAUAUGCUUGGAAACUGAGCACCGGGACGGCGAAAGACAGACAGAACGUUCCGGGAGCAGCCCAAGUUGGACGUCAGAGUAUAGUGAUAGAAAAGAGGUCUUAAAACUUUUGAACCAAGGGAAGCCCUUUAAGUCAGAGACCGGUUGGGAUAACCAUACAUUCGUUUCAUCACCAUCAAGCCAAGCGGAGGAUACUAGGAAGUGUCAAGAGAGAAGCGAGGAGAUCCGCAAGGAGUCGGAUUGCAGCGGGAGGAGUCGAGAGGAAUCUAAGAGCAGCGAGAAGAGUCAAGCUAGGACACGGAACAGUGAGACUCCAGAGGAACCGAAAACAAGUGACUCAGAAACAUCAAAGAAUCGGAGCGUCCGAGCAUCUGAUCUCUCUGACAGUUCAGGGGAGUCGGAGAACAAGUCUACUGUAUGUCAAUCCAAAUGCUGGCGAGGUGAACAGCCUACACUAAAGAGAGCUCGUAGUGUCACAAAAGAGACUGUUGCCACUUUUAUCUUCCCUCACACACGCUCUCGGCUCCCUCUCACCCCUGCCAUGCCCACCUUGCCAGAGGAAGAGGAAGACUCCCCAGAGGAGCUCGACAGUACAUCCAGCUCUCCCUCCACAUACACACCAGUGGAAAGCAAGAUGAAGAAUGUAACCAUGAGUCCACCGGCCAUCGUGCUUCCAAGACUAGCAAGCAAACCAGACGCCGGUGCUCUAGAGAAAGCAAGACCACACAGCCCAAGACCUCGUCAGUCCCGAAACUCUGCGUCCUCCAGUCCCAUCACCACAAUGGAUGAUGAGGGACAUGUGAUCGAUCUAGUCAAGGAUCAGCUGCCUGAGGUGCGGUUAUCUGAAGUGGACCGUCAGAAGAAUCUGGAGCUGCUUGAGGAGGCCAAAAAAGUCAGCGACCGUUUCCUGCAGCGCAGGGGCCGACGUUCCACCUGUAGCCUCUCUGACUCCCCCACAGCUCUCUCCCCGAACCCAACGCCCUCCUCGUCCCCCAGACCAUCGAGAAGCAGUUCCCUCUCUGCACCCGUGCAGCUAGGUGGUCCUGACGUCAGCACAACUCCUCCUGCGAGUCCUUCCUUUCCUCCGCACCAGGAGAUGUCACCUUCUCAUGACCAUGGGGAUACAAGUAAACCAGAGCAGGAGAUCUUCACAAGGCUUGUCGAGUGGAAGCCCGUGGAAAAACGAAAAGUGUCCUCUGGUACGUUAAGUCCCCGAUACGCCACUGCCGUACCGGUCAGAGAGACUGCCGUGAAUCAGGAGAACCUGGACAAACAUGGAUCAGUAGACCAGGCAAAGAACUCUGAACAAGCUGGACAGAAAAACGACGAGACCGCUGGCCGUGGCGCCAAUCAACCUCUGGCUACUGGGGUAGCCAAACCCGUCCCUCGGCCACACACUCAGCAGGCCCCGUGCACGGCCGAAAUCAAAACAAUAGGAGCCUUCCCACCUCUGAUGAGAGCCGUGUCCUGGGACACGGUGGGCUCUAUCAACAGGAGAAAUGCUGCUCCCAUUGGCGAAGAGAGUCUACCCUUCUCUGAAAGUUCACGAGAGUCGCUGUUUAUGUCCUCUGGGUACAAGGACUUCCCUGUGCCGCCCGGGAGCGUUCAGAAAAUGUCCAAAUUACGUGAGGAGCACAAACUGAUGCGUAACCAGAGUAUCUCCAGCUCACAGCUCCCUGAGCUGAAUGAAUCCACUGAGCAGGACAGAGGUCCACCCUCUCCUCUGCCCAGCUCUCCCAGUGAAGACGACUCUAAAGAGAAACCUGACGCAAUGCCCAGUAUUUCAGACAUCAUGCUGCGCAAGCUCAAGCUGCACAGAGGUUUACCUGGCUGCGCACCCCCUCUCUCGGAGAAAGAAGUUGAGAAUGCCUUUGUGCAGCUAUCGUUGGCCUUCCGCAACGACAACUACACUCUGGAGUCUCGACUCAAACAGUCGGAAAGGGAACGCAGUUUGACGGAGGAAAACACUGAGAAAGAACUGGAAGAGUUUAAAUCUGCCAUCAAGAACACCGUGUCCAUGUGGCAGAAUAUAGAGCAGAGAGAUCUAUACCAGCAGCUUAUAGAAACCAUCGCUGUACUUCAUCGACUAACUAACCGACUCUCAAGCAGGGCCGAGAUGGUCGGAGCCGUGCGGCAGGAGAAGAGAAUGAAUAAGGCCACCGAGGUGAUGAUGCAGUAUGUGGAGAACCUGAAGAGGACAUACGAGAAGGACCACGCUGAACUGAUGGAGUUCAAGAAGCUGGCCAACCAAAACUCCAACCGGUGCUACGGGAGCUCAAUGGACACUGGAGAUGAUGGCGUUCAACGUACAUCCAGGCCCUUGUCACUGCAAAUGGGGAAGGCUUUGCCCAGACGAAGAGUUAGCGUGGCUGUAGUUCCCAAAUUUAAUCUACUGAACAUCCCGGGACAGACCCCGGCCAUCGCCGCUGCCCCCUGUGCACUUCCUGUGGUGUGUGAGGCGAACACUAAUAAAAACGGAAGUUCCUCUGAUACCACGCAGCAAGACGUGCUUGAGAAGGCCAAUGGAAACCGUUUGACGGAACAGGAAAAUGAAGCCAUGCCAAGAAAAGUUCUUUGCAAUCCAGAGAAGAUUACUGAAGACAUCAGAGCCAAGAUUGAAGAAGAGGCUUUUAACAAAGGGUACCAAGAAGGACUUAAGAGGAGUAAAGACCUCAAAGAACUGAAGGAGGAGGAGGACAAAGCGGUGGAGAAGCUGAUGGAAUGUGAGGAGGAGAUAGAAGGAGGUGCUGAUGAAAACAGAAAGCCCAACAGCAGGUAUGAGGAGGCACUGGAGAUCAUUGAUCGGAUAUUUCCAAAAGUCUUUAGGCGAAACCGUUUGCUUUGGAUUGUCCUCACUGUAUUCUUUGUUUUAUUCAUAUUUGUCAAUAUCAUGAACUUCAGUAACCGCUAUAGUGAUAGUGGAGACACUUCUACGGAGAAGUCAGCCACCGGGCAAAAGAAGUUUUUUGGACUGAAUGUAGGGUCGAAGGGCCCUCCCCCAGAAUGAAAUGAUUCCCGGAGAGACCAGGGAACUGAACUGACUCAUCUUUCACGCUGAAAAGAGCAGAUUUCUAUAUUCUAUUUUAGGGACCAAGUGUGCUCAGCUAUUAAAUUUGCAUUGGAUUUACAUUGUGAACGAAAUGGAUAUUACUUGAGGAAAGUUAGAAUUUCUUGUUAUUGAGAAAAGGUGUUUUUUAGAUUUAUGUCACAUUUGAUAGAUAUAUGAUUAUACCACUCAAACCUUAUUGAAAAUUCUCAGGUUUUGUGAAAUAUAUAUUUGAAAUAUUAAGUACGAUAUUUAAAACUACGUUUGGUACGGUGUAUGUUAAACAUCUUUGCAAUUGUUUGUUGUUUUUUUGAUUUGACAUUCCAAGGUAGAUCCUUAAGUGCAAUAUUUUGCAACUUAUAUAGUUGACUGUUGUGUGUUGGGUUGCAUAUAUAGAGCACUGAUUUAAGAGUUUUUUCACAGUUUUAGGGGCGAUUCACAUUUCGCAUCUAAACCUGCCCGGAAAAAAUGCAAGUCGUGUAGCUUUCUCUAGUCAAAUGACUCCCGGUAUGCGCUUGGCAUUCUAAAAAGUGGAACUAUUUCCAUCUCGAUGCGGAGCCGACAUGCCUAGAAAAAUGUGCCACGUGUCUACAUUUAAAAUAACGAACUUGCACGUGCUAAAGACGCGAAAUGUGAAUCGCCCCUUUAAGAGCACUUUUUACUAGCAUAAAAGAGUUUAUAUUUGCACAUGCGUGCUUGUGUUUACUGUUGUGCCACUUCACCUUUUAAUAAAGGUGUUUUACA